UGAGACAUCGACAACGACGAUGUAUACCUAAUCCCAUCAGGUGAGCCGUCGCAUUCGCAGGCUGACCGUCUCACGGAAUACUUGGUGCUCUUGAGUUGGUCACAUUUUCACGUUGCAUCUUCCUUGUUUGUCGGAAGCUUCUGACCGUGUUGGGCACUUGACCACACCAAUGUCUUAUUACGAAGCUGUCACCACGUCUGGAGAUGUGAUAUACGUGGAAGAGGAUGUUCAACUGAAGCAUCUGAAUGGUGCCCGCAAAGGUGGACCAUACCAAGGCACUUUGAAACUCAUCAUCCAGCCCUAUGGAAAGUUCAUUGCUUGGCAACCAGCUUCUACAGAAGAGAAGAAAGGAACUGAUUGGACAGUGCUUGACUCAAGUGCAGUUGUCAAUUUCCGGAAUCAUGAUGGAUCAGGUGUUGUGGAGUUCUCAGGUGAGGAAGACUCAGGAUCCAAAUCCCAUCCCCUACUGGUAUGCUUGGAUGAUCUGAAGAGUUACCGAUUAGUGGAUCACACUUUCCUCACCCUGAUUCAGAAAGAUGGGACUUCCAACCAUGUCCUUACCUUCCAAAAGGGGAAGGCUGACAUCUUUAUAGACUUUCUCAGUGAUCAUCUCAUCAUUACACCGAGCACAAAGGAUGACACACUAUUCUUAGUUAUGGACCCGCAGGAGGCAGCAUUGAAUCGAUCGUUCUCAGAGCUUCACCUCUUUGAUGGGAAGCAGCGGGAUUACGUGCGCAAGUUCUUUCAAGACUUCACUGAAGAUCCUUAUGCCACCACAAUGACUGGCUUCUCCAAGCUCUAUGACAUCCUAUGUAUGUAUUCUCCACUAAGGUACUUCGAAUUCGAGAUCCUGACGGCAGGACCGAUGAAGGUGGGUUGGAUCAAGGCAGACAUGCCUUCAGGCAUCACUGUUGGUGCCGACGACAACGGAUGGGGUUUCGAUGGAUUUAAUGAAGAGAAGUUAUUCGGUGGUGGAGCAGAACCAUACGGGAAACAAUGGCAAGUUGGGGAUGUGAUCGGGGUCUUGUUGGAUCUCGUCGACAAGACCAUCAGUUUCUCCUUGAACGGGGAGUUAAUGAUGGAUGCCAUGGGCGGAGAGACAGCAUUCACGGACAUCCCAACCGGGGAUCAUGCCGGAUACGUCCCUGCCUUCACCUUACAAGUCGGUCAAAGGGCCAAACUCAUUCUGGGUCAAGAUGUCAAUGCUCUCAAAUACUUUACUACCUGUGGGCUUCAGGAGGGAUACAGACCCUUCUGCGUGAAUAUGCAGCGUCAGAUGACGCUGUGGUAUACCAGAGACCUGGCCCAAUUCGAAAACUACGAUGACAUCUCUGCCUGUCCUUUGGAAAUAACUCGAAUCCCGGUCGGUUCGGAUUCCCCACCGGCUUUGAAGAUCUCUCAUCGAUUCUUCGAAACGAUGGAGAAGGCGGAAUGGGAAUAUCUUCGACUCUCUCUUCCCGUUACCUGCAAGGAUACCUUCAUUGAUGAGAUGGAGAAGGCGAGGCGCUGGCAGGAGAUUCGCAUCCGGCAACAUCGUCUCCGGGUCGAGUUGGAUACCAGGACUUUAUCUCCAGCCCCUCUCGAACAAUCUCUGCUUACUUCUGGCUUCUCCAUAUUUGACCUAAAAGACCUGCAACGAGGAUACAGCGAAGACGCAGUGGAAUCCGAUGAGGUGAUGGGGAACGGGCCAAAAUUGGAAGGGAGCCAUCACAUGAUCCGAGGCCCUGCUGCGGGAACGGGAACGGGUACAGGAACGGGAACAGGAAAUCAUGCCUCGGUACCUUCGCAAUCGAACACCCUUCAACUCCCAGCUAAAGACUCCGCGAGAGUGGGAUCGAAAUCCUCUCUGAGCAAAGCAGCUAGCAUCGACAUGGAUUCCCCUCGUUCUACCGCAUCCAAACCCGAGAAAACCGUCAAGCAAGGUCGUGGUGGACUCAUCCGAACUCUAAGCGAACAGGCCCUCAAUAAGAUGGGACGAGAAUCACGGAAGCGAGAAAAGAGCGAGAAACCCGAAAAGGACAAGAAACGAGGGAAAUCCCCCUUCAGUUUUCUGACGCAGAGAUUCCGGAACCAGAGCGGAGAUCGGAAGAGGACAGGGCGAACUCCGGAGGGAAGGGCUGCAUCCGAGGCUGCUCCCGAGAGAUCUCAGCCUCUUGGCCUGGGGUUGCCGCCAGACAAGAAAAAGAAAUCUCAGCAGUCUGUCCAAAUCAUGGCCGGGGAUAACUUGACGGUGCCGGAAGGGAUGCCGAGGAAAAUGUCGGCCGUGGGGAAGUUAUCGACAAACCAGAUCGGAGCCUCUUCUAUUCAAUCUGGAAUGAACGAGAACGAACUCUUCGACGCCUAUUGCCUGGAAAGACUGAACGAGUACUUUUUCGGAGUUCGGAUCUUCGCUGGACAGGACCCGAAUUUGGUCUAUCUCGGAUGGGUCUCCACUCAAUAUCACCAUUUCUCCAAGACCUUCUCUCCCAAAUCCGUCCGAAGGGUCUCCGUUCUCACAGCUGACGGAAGGACGGUGGAGAGACAGAGUUGCUACGUGCUCCGAGCAGGGGAUUUGCAUGCGGAAGUAUCUGCAGGGGACUCUGGGACAGGCGGUGGAGGCGGGAAAGGAACAGCAUCUCAGGGCAUGUUCGUCGGAUGCACCUUAGACACAGCGACAGGGAUCCUUUGUUUCUCGUGCGAUGGCACCCCAACCCGACAUCGAUUCCGAAUGCAGCCAGGGGCGAAGCUCUUCCCGGCUCUCUUUAUCGAGGCAACUAGCAAGGAAAUGCUUCAAAUCGAGCUCGGCCGAACUCCGACUUCUCUCCCUUAUUCUGCUGCCAUCUCGCAGAACUCGGAGGAGAAACACGUUCAGCCGCAGUUGCCGCCGAGGUUGAAGGUACAGAUGCUUCGGCCAUACAGCUGGGCCCGGGUCCCAAAUCAGAAUCUGAGGGCUCAUGCGUUGAAAUUGAGCGACAUUCGCGGUUGGAGUGCAUUAUGCGAAGAACCUAUUCCCAUGCUGGCUCUUCACAUUCCUGAAGAGGAUAGAUGCAUGGACAUCCUGGAACUCAUCGAACACGAACGAUUCCUUAGUUUCCAUGCUCAUACGCUAGCGCUAUAUUGCGCCGUGUGCUACGAGAGCAAUUUCCGAGCCGCCCAUACGUUAUGCGGCCACGUGGACAAACGACAACUCCUUUACGCUAUCAAAUCCGAAUACCUGAGUGGGAAACUCCGUCGGGGAUUUUACGAUCUCCUCAUCGCCUUACAUCUGGAGUCCUUCGCCAACACCAGGGAGUUGACCCAGAACGAGUUCUUGGUUCCUCUGAGCCCGAACUUGCAGCAAUUGUACGAAGGAGGUUCUUUGACCCAUUCGCUCCAUUCCGUCAACUUCGAAUCCAUCCGGCCUCAGAUGGUCACCUCCGAAAUCAACUACAAUCCGUCGACGGUCAAGACCCUAAGUACGCCGUACAUCGAGGUAGAAGAGCUUCGGGAAUUCGUGAUGGAAGCUCUGGAAGAUGCCGUGGUAAGGAACCAGGUUCACACGAGAGAUCCCAUCGGCGGAUCCAACGAGAAUCUUUUCGUACCUCUGUUGAAGCUCUGCGAUAAGCUGCUUUUGAUUGGAGAACUGAGAGAAGAAGAUAUUAUCCAGAUCCUCAUCAUGAUCGAUCCCGAGACUUGGGACCCGGAAUUCGACAAGACCGGGAAAGACGAGCACAGAAAGGGCCUGUUAAGCAUGAACUUAGCCGAAGGAGUGAAGCUUCAGCUUUGUAGGCUUCUCCAUCACUUUUGUGACAUUCAACUUCGUCAUCGAGUAGAAUCCAUUGUAUCCUUCGCCAGAGACUUCAUCCCACAACUUCAGAGUGACCAGCUUCGUCGCUACAUCGAAAUCAAGCAGUCGGAUCUGCCGUCUGCCGUGGCGGCGAGGAAGACGAGGGAAUUCCGAUGUCCUCCACGCGAACAAAUGAAUGCGAUCCUGGCAUUCAAGAACCUAGAGAAGGAAGAUGUGGAGAAUUGUCCUUGCAGCGAGGAAUAUCGGGAUCGAAUGAAGGAGUUUCACCAGAAGAGGUUCAAGAAGGUCCUCACGGAAGUCCUGGUGAACUGGGCUAGAACAGAAGAGCUCGAAGAUCCGGCACUGGUCCGAGAGAUGUUCUGGCUCCUCCUGAGACAAUACGAUGGGGUCGGGGAACUCAUGAAUGCCCUCAACAACUCUUAUGUGAUCAUGGCACACGGGAGAGACGACGUGUCCGCUCUUUUGUCUCGUCUCUCUCGGGUUCGAUCUCUUCUACCGGUUCAGAUGUCUGUGGAAGAGGAGGAACUCAUCCGGGAACUCCUUUGGUCCAUGGUCCAAAAUCGCGUCUUCUUCCAACAUCCUGAUCUGAUGAGGAAACUCCGCAUCCACGAGAACGUGAUGGCUAUCAUGAUGAACACCUUGGGACGAAGAGCCCAGGCCCAGUCCGAUGCCGGCCAAGUCGAGGUCGAGGGAUCGCAAAAAGAAGACACGUCCCCAGAGAUGGUGGUGGCCUGCUGUCGUUUUCUCUGCUACUUCUGCCGAACGGGACGAGCGAAUCAGAAGGCUAUGUUCGAUCAUUUGUCCUUCUUGUUGGAGAAUUCUAACAUUCUCCUCUCCCGGCCUUCCCUUCGGGGAUCCACUCCUUUAGACGUCGCCUAUUCGUCUCUGAUGGACAACACCGAACUCGCCCUCGCCCUUAGAGAGGCGUAUCUGGAGAAGAUUGCCAUAUAUCUGUCACGAUGCGGGCUGCAAAGCAAUGCAGAAUUGGUGAAAAAGGGAUACCCGGAUAUCGGAUGGGACCCAGUGGAGGGAGAACGGUAUCUCGAUUUCCUCCGAUUCUGCGUCUGGGUCUCAGGGGAGAGCGUGGAAGAGAAUGCGAACCUGGUGAUUCGACUUCUAAUCCGAAGACCAGAAUGCCUGGGUCCAGCCCUCAGGGGAGAGGGCGAAGGGCUUCUCAAGGCCAUAGUCAAUGCCAACCAGAUGUCGGAGAGGAUCUCGGCUUUGAGGACGGGGAAAGGAAAUCCAGAAGCGGAAGGAACGACGGCAGCCUUCGAACAUCCCUUGCCGGAAGGGGAAGAGGAUGAAGACUACAUCGACACCGGUAAUGCCAUCCUCAACUUCUAUUGCACCCUCGUGGAUCUCCUCGGACGCUGUGCUCCCGAUGCAAGAGUCCUCAGCCAUGGAAAGAACGAAGCACUAAGAGCUCGAGCGAUCCUGCGUUCCUUGGUCCCCCUGGAGGACUUAGUGGGGACGCUGAGUCUCCGUUUCAACUUGACUGCCUCCGGUCCGGGUGGUAACAAUGGUGAACUCCAACAGGCUCGCUCUGAUAUGCCUCCUGGCCUCACCCCUGCUCACAAGCAGAGCAUCGUCCUCUUCCUCGAAAGGGUUUAUGGCGUGGACGAGAAGGAACUCUUCUUCAGACUCCUCGAGGAAGCUUUUCUCCCAGAUCUCAGGGCUGCCACCAUGCUCGACAAGGGAGAUGGGGGAGAAUCCGACAUGGCACUGGCUCUGAAUCGCUACAUUGGGAACUCUGUUCUCCCUCUCCUUAUCUUCCAUUCGAAAUUCUAUGGAGAAGCGGAUUCUUACUCGUCUCUUUUGGAUGCCACUCUUCACACCGUUUACAGGCUCUCCAAAAACGAGCUUUUGACCAAGGGUCAACGGGAGGCAGUUUCGGAUUUCUUACUCGCUCUCACUCGGGAGAUGCAGCCGAGUAUGCUGCUGAAACUCCUGAGGAAACUAACGGUUGACGUAUCCCAGUUGACAGAAUACACGACAGUGGCUCUCCGAGACUACAACCCUGACUUGUUUGGGAGUUCCUUGCCUUGCCUGAUCGCCAUCGGUUGUGCAUUGCCGCCCGAUUACACGUUGACCAGCACGGCUGAAGAGGAUCUUUACAAGCAAACCAUUGCGACCGGCGGCCCAUACAUGCCCCAACCCAUCGACUCCCUUGGGGUGACCCUGACGGCAGAGCUGAACGACGUAGUUCAGAAGUUCUCGGAGAAUUACCACGAUGCCUGGGCUGCUCGGAAGAUGGAGAACGGAUGGGCAUAUGGGGACACGUGGAACGAUGAACACAAGACCCAUCCCAGGCUCAAACCCUACUCCAUGCUCUCCGAAUACGAGAGGGAGAGGUAUCGAGACCCUGUUCGAAACAGUUUGAAGGCCCUUUUGGCAUUGGGUUGGUCUAUCGAAGCCGAAGGAGGACAGACGGCAUCUCUCGGCACCCUCACCGGUCCUUCCAGGCUCAACUUGACGGCAGGGGAGAGCAGUGGGACGAAUCCGCACAAUUAUCAGCCGCAUCCUCUGGACAUGACGAACUUGACAUUGAGUCGUGAAAUGCAAAGCAUGGCCGAGAGACUUGCUGAGGAUGCCCAUGACAUCUGGGCCAAGAAGAGAAAGGAGGAGACCGAGGCCAGCGGAGGACUGAUCUCGCCACAGCUGGUGCCCUACGACCUACUGACGGACAACGAGAAGAGGAAAGACCGGGAACGGGCCAUCGAGCUCCUCAAGUACAUCCAAUAUCAGGGCUUCAAAGUCCGAAGGAGGGGAGCAUUGACACCGACUCAGACGGACGAGAACGCUGAUGCACCGGCUGACUUGAAUGCGGCCAUCGAGAGACGAUUCGCUUAUUCCCUCUUACAAAAACUUCUCCAAUAUUUGGAUUCCGCUGCCAUUCACAUGAAGCUGCUGAGACCGUCUCAGACCUACAGUCGACGCAACUCCUUCAAGAGUGCCAAGAAAGACGUCAAGUUCUUCUUCAAGGUGGUGUUGCCUCUGAUCGAGAAGUAUUUUGUGACCCACAAGAACUACUUCAUCAGCGUUGCGACGGCUACCACAUCCAUCGGGGCUGCCAGUCUCAAGGAGAAGGAAAUGGUUGCCAGCCUCUUCUGCCGAUUGGCGAAUUCACUGAGAUCAAAAUACGGGAUGUUUGGCAGCAAUGCACCGUUGACGGUGAAGUGUCUUCAAGUCCUAGUACGGGCUACUGAUGCCAAGUCUCUGGUGAAGAACUGCCCCGAGUUCGUGAGAACUUCCAUGUUGACAUUCUUCAACAAUUCGGCCGAUGAUCUCUGCCAAACUGUCUCUCACCUCGAGCACAGGCGAUUGAGUCACGUGCUGGGCACUCACCUAAAGACGUCAUCGUCUCUCAACUAUGUCUACAUGGUGAUUCUCCCGGUUUUUACUGCCUUAUUCGACCAUCUCGGAGCCAACGAAUUUGGAUCCGACCUUCUCUUGGAUGAUAUCCAGGUGGCAUGCUAUAAGAUCCUCAAGAGCCUCUUCACCCUAGGCAGCAAAUACGAUCUGAGUCACGGCAGGUCCGUUUACCAUAUCUCCCUAGUUAAGGUGAUGGCCCACUUGGAAGAGAGCCUGCCGACAAUGGAGACGAUCGUACAUGAAGUAGAGGAAUUCAUCACUUCAGGCGGGCAAUAUGAGAAAUCUCCUCACAUCGUGGAUCUCCUCCUUCCGAUGCUCUGCGCUUAUUUGCCCUUCUGGUGGAAUCAGGGACCUGACAAUGUAGAUCCCACCGAGGGGGGUCACAUGACAUCAGUGACCAGCGAUCACCUGAACAAACUCCUAAAAUGCAUUCUGGACCUCAUCAAAAACAACAUUGGGUCGGAAAACUCUCCCUGGAUGAUCCGGAUAGCAUGUAAUACCGAUGCUUACACCCAGCAGAUCAUCAUCAAUAGUUCGGAGGCCCUUUUGGCAGAUCCAUACCUUCCCUUGGCACAAAAAGUGAGAGCACGGACGGAUGCCAUGUUCCAUAAAGAGGAGUCCCUCAGGGGUUUCCUCAAAUCUUCCACUGAAGACACCUCUCAGGUGGAGAGUCAGAUGCAGGAAGAAUGGCAGUUACUGGUCAGAGACAUCUAUGCCUUUUAUCCACUGUUGAUCAAGUACGUGGACCUUCUUCGGUCUCAUUGGUUAAAACAAUCCACAGUCGAAGCGGAGGAAUUGUACUCUCACGUCUCCGAAAUCUUCAACAUUUGGUCUAAAUCCCAGUUUUUCCACCGGGAAGAGCAGAACUUCAUCAGCCAGAAUGAGAUCGACAACAUGACGUUGAUCAUGCCGACAUCUUCGGCGCGAAGGACCGCAGCCGUGCCCGAUCAAGGCACGGGAGGACAGGGAAAGGCCAGGGCAAGUCUUCCUUCUUCUUUCCCUCUUUCACUUUUCCUUCCCUCAACAAUCAUGAUCAUGGUGCUAGUCAUGGUCGUGGAUAUGAUGCAGAAGAAGAAGCGGAUGCGAGACAAGGGUAAGGAGAGGGAGAAGGAGAAGGCGAGCAGCUUGAUUGUGGCCUGUCUCAAGAGACUCCUUCCCGUCGGACUGAAUCUCUUCGCCGGACGUGAACAAGAGCUCGUACAGCACUGCAAGGACAAGUUCCUCAACAAGGAACAGGAUGGACAGAUCCAAGUAUUCGCCAAGAUCCAGUUGACCCUGCCGGAUAAGAUCGAUCCCUCGGAUGCUAUGUCCUGGCAGCAUUAUCUCUAUUCAAAGCUGGGCCGGCGAGGGGAAAGCACAGAAAAGCCUGCAUCCGGGUCAUUUGGUUUUGUCACUUCUUCCAUGAAACCCGAAGCCUUGGAUGCCCUCGUGGAGCGCAUCAUCGCCAUGGCCAAGGUCCUCUUCGGCCUUCACAUGAUCGAUCACCCUCAAGCCGAGGGGAAGAGUUCUGGACGGAAAGUUCUUUCGGUUCAAAGGAAAAAGGCUGUGAUCGCCUGCUUUCGACAGACCUCCCUUCAUUCCCUUCCCACACAUCGAGCCAUCAAUCUUUUCCUGAGAUCCUAUGCAGGGUUGUGGCUGGAGGAUGAGAAUGUGGGACAGGAGGUCGUCAUCGAAGAUCUCACCAUGACGUUCGAGGAGGCGGAGAGGCGUAAGGCAGAAGCAGUGAAAGAGGAAGGAAAGGCGGACCCAGUCACCCAACUCAUCAGGGCCUUCUCUCAACAGGCGACUACGGAAGCCGCCUCUGGUGUCGUGUAUUUGCAGGAGCAAGAGCAGGAGAAGCAGAAGUUAUUGUUUCAUCAGAGUCGGUUGGCAGAGAGAGGAGCAGCGGAGAUGGUCCUCCUUUAUAUUUCUGCCUGUAAAGGCAUCCCCACCGACCUCGUCCUCAACACCCUCAAGCUCGGCAUCUCCAUCCUUCGCGGCGGGAACCUCGACAUCCAAAUGGCGAUGCUGAAUCAUCUGAAGGAGAAAAAGGAUGUCGGCUUCUUCACUUCCAUUGCGGGACUCAUGAACUCCUGCAGCGUACUGGAUUUGGACGCGUUCGAGAGGAACACGAAAGCGGAAGGUCUUGGGGUGGGGAGUGAAGGAGCCGCUGGGCAGAAAAACAUGCACGAUGCUGAUUUCACCUGUGUUCUCUUCCGAUUCAUCCAACUCACCUGCGAAGGACAUAACCUCGACUGGCAGAACUACCUGAGAACCCAAGCAGGAAACACUACGACGGUGAAUGUGGUCAUCUGCACCGUCGAUUAUCUCCUUCGACUUCAAGAAUCCAUCAUGGACUUCUACUGGCAUUACUCGAGCAAGGAAUUGAUCGAUCCAGCGGGUAAAUUGAAUUUCUUCAAGGCGAUCGGAGUGGCGAGUCAGGUUUUUAACACGUUGACAGAGGUCAUUCAAGGUCCUUGUACCCUCAAUCAACAGGCCCUUGCCCACUCCAGGUUGUGGGAUGCCGUCGGGGGUUUUAUGUUUCUCUUUGCCAACAUGCAAGACAAGCUGUCGAAACACUCGAGUCAGGUGGAUCUCCUCAAGGAACUCCUCAGUCUCCAGAAGGACAUGGUCAUCAUGAUGCUUUCCAUGCUUGAAGGAAACGUGGUGAACGGGACGAUCGGAAAGCAGAUGGUGGACACCCUCGUGGAAUCCGCCGCCAACGUUGAGAUGAUCCUGAAGUUUUUCGACAUGUUCCUGAAGCUCAAGGAUCUCACGUCUUCAGCUUCGUUCCAAGAACUGGAUAAGACAGGAGAGGGACUUGUGACUCCGAAGGAAUUCCGAGAGAAAAUGGAGCAACAAAAGAUGUACACUCCCGAUGAGAUAAACUACAUUCUGUCGUGCGUGGACACAAACGUGGACGGGAAAAUCGACUACGUGGAGUUCACUGAGAGAUUCCACGAACCCGCCAAGGAAAUCGGAUUCAACCUGGCCGUACUCCUCACCAAUCUCUCAGAACACAUGCCAAAUGACCCCAGAUUGAACCGAUUCCUGGAGACGGCAGCGUCGGUGCUCAACUAUUUCGAGGCAUUCCUCGGUCGAAUCGAGAUCAUGGGAGGGUCUCACAAAAUUGAACGGGUCUACUUUGAAAUCAACGAGGACAAUAUCGAGCAGUGGGAAAAGCCUCAGAUCAAAGAAUCGAAGCGGGCCUUCUUCUACUCGAUCGUGACAGAAGGAGGAGACAAGGAGAAGUUAGAAGCCUUUGUGAAUUUCUGUGAAGAUGCCAUCUUUGAGAUGCAGCAUGCAGCCUCUUUGAUGGAAGGAGGGGAAGACAAGGAACAGAAACCCAAGGCUGCAAAGAGCCCCAUCACCAUUGCAGGGGAGGAAGAAAAGGGAGCAACUGUGGCGAUCACAGAGAAGGUCAGUUCGGUGAAGGAGAAAUUCAUUAAGGGAAUUUCCGUGCUGUCGCCUUCCAACAUUCGUUUGAAGAUCAUGGAAGCUCGGCAGAAGACCUGGCCUGAGCUCAUCAUCAGUUAUUUCCGAUUCAUCUACUUCCUGCUCGUAUUCUUCGUCUCCACUGCAUACUGGAUCGGAAAACGACUUGCGUCGGUCGUGGGAGGCUUAAUGAGAGGACCCCCGACGGAAGAGACGGAGCGUACCAAGAGUGACUUAGACUUCGAUCCCAACCUCAUCCUUUCUUCUUCGUUCAAGAAAAUGCCACCUGCCCUCUCCCUACCGUCCCCCGAUGACCCCACAGCAGCUGCAGCGACUGCUUCCACUACCCUUGGCUCCCCGGGUCCAGCUGGUCCUGUGACAUCUCAUUCUCUCGAUCCCACCACUAACAUUCCCGACGGAUUGACGAUUGGGGAAGGUGAAGGAGGAACGGUGACAGGACUGGGUAUGGGGGGAGGAGGGAAGGAAGGGACAGGAACCUCCGAGCCCGAACAUUCUUCCUCCCCUCUCAACCCCGCUGAGACCCUCACCAGCCUGUUGGGGAUGACGAUGGGGAUGCCUGGGGAAGAUCCGGUGGCACCUGGGUGGCAAGAGGCCCAAGAUCAAGUGGCAGCCUUGGCAGCCGAGGAUGAGAAGAGGAACAAGGCGGAACAAAGCUCUUCCCAAGUCGACUCUGAACCCCCUCCCGUCGCUAAACUCGACCUCGCCGAAUAUUCGAAGAAAGUCGUCAGCUUCCUUGCCAGGAAUUUCUACAACCUGAAAUACGUUGCACUCGUCUUGGCCUUCUGCAUUAACUUCAUGCUUCUCUUCUACAAGGUGACGACGUUGGAAGGGGCAGUGGGAGGAGGCGAAGGAGGAGAUGAUGGAGAAGGAUCGGGAGAGAUGAUGGCUGGGGGAUUCGGCCAAGAAGGAUCCGGAUGGCAUUCUUCGGGUGAAGACGUCUCCGGAGAGACUCCUGACGAGGACGACGAAGAUAUCCCUGAAUAUAUCAAGGUCCCGUUGGCGAUCUUCAAGAGAGAGAAGGAGAUCGCCCGUCGACUGGAAUUCGAUGGCAUUUGGAUCGCAUCCGAACCAGAAGACGAUGAAGUGAAACUCCACUGGGACAAGCUCGUCAUCUCUGCCAAAUCCUUCCCGGUGAACUACUGGGAUAAGUUUGUGAAGAAGAAAGUGCGUGCGAAGUACAGUGAGACGUAUGACUUCGAUGCCAUCUCCUCUCUUCUCGGCAUGGAAAGAACAGCAUCCUUCGCCAAGGCCGAGGAAGAUUCUGGAGGGAUCAUCUCAUUCAUCGUAAACAUCGACUGGCGUUAUCAGGUGUGGAAGGCCGGAGUUACCAUCACCGACAACGCCUUUCUAUACAGCUUGUGGUACUUCGUGUUCUCGAUUCUGGGAAACAUAAAUUACUUCUUUUUCGCGGCUCACCUGUUGGACGUGGCCGUGGGCUUCAAGACCCUCCGCACCAUCUUGCAGUCCGUCACCCACAACGGGAAACAGCUGGUGUUGACGAUGAUGCUCCUGACGAUCGUGGUGUAUAUCUACACGGUGAUCGCCUUCAAUUUCUUCCGCAAAUUUUACGUCCAGGAGGAGGACGACCAGGUGGAUCAAAAGUGCCACGAUAUGCUCACCUGUUUCGUGUUCCACCUCUACAAAGGGGUUCGCGCAGGAGGAGGAAUCGGGGACGAGAUCGAACCCCCCGACGGCGACGACUACGAGGUCUAUCGUAUCAUUUUUGACAUCUCCUUCUUCUUCUUCGUCAUCGUCAUCCUCCUCGCCAUCAUUCAGGGUCUGAUCAUCGACGCCUUCGGGGAGUUGCGUGACCAACUCGAGAGCGUGAAGGAUGACAUGGAAUCCAAUUGCUUCAUUUGUGGCAUCGGCAAGGACUAUUUCGACAAAGUCCCACAUGGAUUCGACACUCACGUCGCCAAGGAACACAAUCUCGCUAAUUACAUGUUCUUCCUCAUGCAUCUGAUCAACAAGCCGGACACUGAAUACACGGGCCAGGAGACGUACGUGUGGAACAUGUAUACGCAGCGAUGCUGGGAUUUCUUCCCUGUGGGCGAAUGCUUCCGAAAGCAAUACGAAGACGAGCUGUGAACCCCGUUUUAGUCGGUCUCCCUCGUGUCAGUCUCAUUCAUGUCUUCCAUUGUAUGUGUCAACCUCACAUUUCCGUAUUUGCAGUGAUCGCCCUUCCUUGGUAGGAGUAGUUGAUUUUGUUUUCUUUCGGGGUGUGAUACGUUUCAACCAUCGCGUGCCUGGUGAAUAAACCGUUGUCCUCGC